AGCUUCCACCAGACAAUGCCACCCAGUCCAGACAGCACAAAUGCACCUGUAUUGCCCUGUCUACUUCAUAAAACGGCCCUUCAACCCUACCAUUGUCUUAGCCAAUCACCUCCUGCCACAGUAGGAACUCUCACCCACCUCUCCAGCCUGUCACUACCCUCAUCUUCCCUGCAACCUGACAAAGCCCCUGCAACUCCUCCUUUAACCUCUACUCACUGUGAUGCCUCCUUGCUGACCUCAGCGAUAUUCACCUCCAGUGUCUGCUCCUCCCUUCACUACCCCCUGUGCUCCUCUUCUGCCUCCCUCCUCUGCUCACUGGACUCAGUUGGCCAUCCAUUCAGUUCCUCUCCUACAACAUCAUUAGCCAUAUCUCAAUUGAGCACACCCCCUCUACAUCAGAGCCUGCCCCCUCUAGAUUUAACUCCACCUUCUGCUCAGCUGCUUGGCUCUGAUGAUGAAGAGCAGGAAGACCCAUCUGAUUACUGUAAAGGUGGUUAUUACCCGGUGAAAAUAGGAGAUCUGUUCAACAGAAGAUACCAUGUGGUCAGGAAACUGGGUUGGGGACACUUCUCUACAGUCUGGCUCUGCUGGGACCUGCAGAAGAAGCGCUUUGUGGCUAUGAAGGUGGUGAAGAGUGCUCCACAUUAUACUGAGACAGCUCUGGACGAGAUCAAACUGCUUCGAUGUGUGAGGGACAGCGACCCAUCUGACCCAUUCAGGGAAACAAUAGUCCAACUCAUUGACGACUUCAAAAUCUCUGGAACCAAUGGAGUCCAUGUCUGUAUGGUUCUGGAGGUUUUGGGUCACCAGUUGUUAAAAUGGAUCAUCAAAUCCAACUAUAUGGGACUUCCUCUGGUCAGUGUCAAGACCAUCAUCAGACAGGUGCUGCAGGGACUUGACUACCUCCACACCAAGUGCAAAAUCAUUCACACAGACAUCAAGCCAGAAAACAUCCUAUUGGUCGUUGAUGAUUUUUACAUCAAAAGACUGGCAGCAGAAGCCACUGUCUGGCAAACAGCAGGAGCUCCGCCCCCUUCAGGCUCAUCAGUUAGCGCAGCUCCCAGGGACUUGCAGGUUGGGAAGUUGUCUAAAAACAAGAAGAAAAAAUUAAAAAGAAAAGCGAAGCAACAGCAGAAGCUCCUAAAGGAGAGACUGAUGGAUUUACAGAGGAUGGAGGAAGAGGAGGAUGUACUGAAACCUAAUGACAUAGAUGUUAACUCCAAUACCAAAGUGAGUCCRGAGUCCACCGGAUCCUGGUUGGAGGACAGAGGUAUUGACCACACCUUUGGACGGUUCUCAAGCCCUGCUUCUGGAUUAUCAGGGUUCUCCAGCUCUGUUAUGUCAGCAACAUCCGAGUCUGCACCUUCUAUUCAGUCAGGAUAUUCCAAUGGACAAGAUGAGUUCAGCUCUUCAGAUUUUGUCAUCAACCCUCUGGAUCCUCAGAACGCUGAUAGGAUCCAGGUGAAGAUUGCAGACCUGGGAAAUGCCUGCUGGGUGCACAAACACUUCACAGAGGACAUUCAGACAAGGCAGUACCGAGCUCUAGAGGUUUUAAUUGGAGCAGAGUAUGGGACACCCGCUGACAUUUGGAGCACUGCCUGCAUGGCAUUUGAGCUGGCGACAGGAGAUUAUCUAUUUGAACCUCAUUCAGGAGAAGACUACACCAGAGAUGAAGGUGAGCUGCGUCACAUCUCCAGCCUGAAGCCCUGGGGUCUGUUCGAGGUCCUGUUGGAGAAGUACGAGUGGCCGUUGGAUCAGGCAGCUCAGUUCAGUGACUUCCUGCUCACCAUGUUGGAGAUGCAGCCUGAACGCAGAGCUACAGCAUCGCAGUGCCUGCAGCACACCUGGCUGUGCACGUGAACACGUGAACACGUGCACAGCCAGACAGUCAGCUGUCCCAGGAUGUUCCACAGCAGCCAACCUGCAGCUGUGUUGAAGCCCAGAUGUUCGGUCCAGUCCAGUACUCUGGUCUCUGAUUACUGCAUCAUGUUCCAUCUGACCGUUUGUUGGUGUCAGUCAGACAACAGUCAGACAACAGUCAGACAACAGUCAGACAACAGUCAGACUCCCAACUGUUUACAUGUCAAUCAUCUGUUGUCUAAGAGCUGAUUUUCUGUCUGUCAGUCAUCAGUUGGUUGAUUCUAAGUUAGUUGAUCAUUUUAAAGUUAUAUCCUGUGAUAUCGAAUCUUUGUUUUUAUUUACUUUGAAUUUUCUGCUGACUCUGUUGUUUUUCCAUUUGCCAUGUUUGACAGUUAAGCCCCUUAMAGCCUUUUUAUCUUUUAUUUUAAACACGCAUUAAGGUGGAACAGGCUGUUUAUCAGCUGAUAAGAGCUUUAAGACCACAGUCUUUAUGGUUCAGUGUCAUGUCUGUCAGGUAUCCACGUGUCCUGACCCCCUGACGACAUUUCUCUGGUCAAACAGAUUGCUGACCUCUCACAGGCAGCUGUUGGUCCUGAGGGUGGACGCUGGAAGAUGGUCAUUUUAACCUUCUUUAAACAUCCUCAGGCUUGUGGAACAAAAGACAACUGAUUGACCCAAAAUCAUUUCACCUGCCCUGAGCCGGAGGCUCCUAUCUGUCCAUCAAGACACAGACUGGACGAUCCUCGGUCCAAAUGAAGCUCAUCACUGGUGCCAACAGUCCCACAACCAUCAGAGGGUCUCUGUGGGAGAAGAGUUUCAGAACAGAAAGCUUCUUCAGAGACAUGGUGGUCUUCACCAUUUGGAGUUUACAGGAGGGACACUGAAGGACAGAACAGGUUUAUUCUCUGAUGAGAAAACAUUUCACCUUCACCGUCCUGAGAUGUUCUUUACACAGUAGGAGGGGCUCUGGGGGUCUUUUUCAAUGGAACAAUGAAGCUUCAGGUUGUGCAGAGGCAUCUCAGCAGCUGGCUCUGUGAAGAUGGUGCAGGGGGUCUCCCUUAUGACUGAAGACCACCGUCUGUGUGGUAAUGAGAGGGUUUUUCAACAGGACAACCCUGCAGGACUUCUUCCAGAGAAGAACCUCUCUGUUUUAAAGCAUCCUGCAUGUUCUGAUCCAAAUCUGACUGAGGACAUUUGGGCUUGGAGGACAAGGGACAUUUACAACAAUGGACACCAGACAAUGGACGUCCUCCAUGAAGACAUCCACCGUUURGAUCAACAGUCCUUCUAGSCUCCUGGAAACACCAGCAUCAAGCAUAUCRUGAGUUGACAGCUUAUCAUUACUGAGGCCUUUUUAUUUUAUUUGUGUUUAAAUUUAUUUUUUAAGAAAUGGUCUUAAACGUUUGAUCAGCUGAUGAACAGCCUGUUUCAGUUUAAUACUUGUUGGGAUAAAAAACACUUUGUCACUCAGAACCUUCUUAUGAUCCAACAGAGCUAAAUAUGAAUUCUUAUCAUUUUCAUCAGGACUGUAAAGUAUUAUUGAUGUACUGAUGACCCAGUUGACAGGUUUGACAUCAGAACAUGAAAGCUCUCCCAGAGCCACUGUGACAUCAUUACUGAUAUUGUUGCUGAUGCAGGAUUUGAUUUGUGUGUUUCAGAAACCUUUUCUAUGCUGACCUCUGACCUUAUCAGGAGCCACUGACUGAAUAAUACUUAAAGAAGAAAUAAACAAGACUCACAGAAACCACACAAAAUAAAGAUUAGUAUCCCCAACAACAGCUGAGUACUUCAGAAAGUUGUUCUUCAGGUUCAGGGGUCAGCACAGCGAGUCAACCUGCAUGAAAGAUGUCAGCUGUCCUUCCUGUCUCAACCUGAAUAAAACACUUGUAAACUCUGAUGUCUGACCUGAGCCUGGACACAUCAGACUCAGUUCUA